AUGCCUGAUGCCCUAUCUUCAUCAGCUUCUCGGUUCUAUCCUCUUUCCAGAUUUCUCCGAGUCCAGCAACCUCGACACCUGCGGCAGCAUCACCGACCUGUAAAACCCGUCCACCGCCUCUGCAAUCUCUUCUGCUUCACCCAUUGCUUCCAUCUGCGGCCACAGAACUUUCUCGGGAAAUUUCCGGGCUUGGAAACUGUUGCCUCUUUCCUCGGCUCCACUCCUCUCCGUCUCUCGAGGAGUCGUUGCCCUUCACGGCGUCGUUUUCGAGUUUCUUACCCUCGGAGCUCCAUUUCUCCACCCGACCAGCCUUCGACUUCGACGCCCGCGAAGAAUUCCGAUGCAAUCGGGAGCAAGAAGGAGCUCUCCGGAAUCCAACCGGUCGUCGAGAAAAUGACGCCGCCGGUGCGGCUGGGGCGGGUGAUCCGGUUCGGUGGCUCGAAGAAUGUGGCGUUGGGUGGAGCCGCGUUGGGUGGAGCCGCCGGUGGAGCUGUUGUGUAUGCGCUUAACUCCGCCGUACCGGAGGUCGCAGCCAUCAGUCUUCAUAACUACGUUGCCGGAUUCGAUGAUCCUGGUGCCGUGACGAAGGAGGACAUCGAAAGAAUCGCCAAUAAGUAUGGUGUCAGUAAACAGGAUGAGGCAUUCAACGCUGAGAUUUGUGAUAUUUAUUGCCAAUAUGUAACUUCUGUACUUCCAAGUGGAGGACAAUCUCUUAAAGGAGAUGAAGUGGAGAAGAUAGUUAAAUUCAAAAAUGCUUUGGGGAUAGAUGAUCCUGAUGCAGCCGCCAUGCAUAUGGAGAUUGGCCGGAGGAUUUUUAGGCAAAGGCUCGAGACGGGGGACCGUGAUGGUGAUGCAGAACAGCGUCGGGCAUUUAUGAAGCUUAUAUAUGUUUCGAGUCUUGUGUUUGGAGAUGCAUCGUCCUUCCUUUUGCCUUGGAAGCGAGUUUUGAAGGUCACUGAUGCUCAGGUCGAGAUUGCCAUUCGUGACAAUGCAAAAUUGCUAUAUGCCGAAAAGUUAAAAUCAGUAAGCAGAGAUAUUGACACUGAAAAGCUCAUAAGCCUCAGAGAAGCACAGCUCUCUUUCAAACUAAACGACGAGCUUGCGGAGGACUUAUUCCGGGAACAUACAAGAAAACUUGUUGAAGAAAACAUUUCAUCUGCUCUCACCAUUCUUAAAUCUCGUGCACGAGCAGCGAAGGGCAUCACUCCUGCUGUUGAAGAGCUUGACAAAAUACUGGCGUUUAAUGAUCUGCUUGUUUCUCUGAAAAAUCAUCCCGAGGCAGAUCGGUUUGCACGUGGUGUUGGUCCUGUUUCUUUGAUAGGAGGUGAGUAUGAUGCGGAGAGGAGAACGGAUGAUUUGAAGCUCCUUUACAGAGCAUAUGCUACAGAUGCUAUAUCAGGUGGCCGCAUGGAGGAAAAUAAGCUUUUGGCACUGAAUCAACUGAGGAACGUACUUGGAUUGGGAAAACGGGAAUCUGAAGCUAUUACUCUGGACGUUACAUCCAAGGCAUACCGUAAAAGACUUGCUCAAGCCUUUUCUAGUGGUGACCUUGAAGCACAAGAUAGUAAAGCAAAAUACCUCCAGAGGCUCUGUGAAGAGCUGCGCUUCGAUGCACAAAAGGCAAGCCAAAUCCAUGAAGAAAUCUACCGGCAGAAGCUUCAACAGUGUGUGGCCAAAGGAGGGCUGGAUGAUGAGGAUGCUGCUGCCUUGUUGAAGUUAAGAGUCAUGCUCUGUGUUCCUCAGCAAACUGUCGAGGCAGCUCAUGCCGACAUCUGUGGAAGCAUAUUUGAGAAGGUUGUCAAAGACGCAGUUUCUUCCGGAGUUGAUGGUUAUGAUGCUGAAACUCGCAAACUAGUGAGAAGGGCUGCUCAUGGUCUGCGUUUGUCUCGAGAGGCUGCCAUGUCUAUUGCUAGCAAGGCUGUCCGUAGGGUUUUCGCAAACUAUAUCAGACGAGCAAGGACAGCAGAGAACCGGACAGAGGCAGCAAAAGAGCUCAAGAAGAUGAUAGCUUUCAACACGCUUGUUGUUACCGAACUGGUGGCUGAUAUUAAGGGAGAAUCCUCCGACAAGGAGGCGGCUGUUCAAGCGGGAGAGCCAGCUCACAAGGACGAGGAAUCAAAAGAAGCGGAAUGGGGUUCUCUCGAAUCGCUCAAAAAGACAAGACCCGACAAUGCACUCGCUGAGAAGAUGGUUAAACCCGGCCAGACUGAGAUAACCCUUAGAGAUGACCUUCCUAACAGGGACAAGACCGAUCUCUACAAAACCUAUUUGCUCUACUGUCUAACCGGAGAGGUCACGAGAAUCCCGUUGGGGACCGAGAUAACGACGAAGAGAGAUGAUUCUGAGUUCUUGCUUUUGAAUCAGCUCGGUGGAAUUCUCGGAUUAACUUCAAAGGAAAUAGUCGAUGUUCACAUUGGUUUAGCCGAGCAAGCUUUCAGGCAACAAGCUGAAGUGAUUCUGGCUGACGGGCAAUUAACAAAGGCUAGAGUGGAGCAGUUAGCCGAGUUGCAGAAAGAAGUGGGCUUGCCUCAGGAGUACGCCGAGAAGGUGAUAAAGGGCAUAACCACUACGAAAAUGUCGGCUGCAAUUGAAUCGGCGGUUAACCAAGGGAGACUGAACAUAAAGCAGAUACGGGAGCUGAAGGAGGCAAACGUCAGUCUGGACAGCAUGAUUUCUGUGAGUUUGCGAGAGAAUCUCUACAAGAAGACAGUGGACGAUAUCUUCUCAUCAGGAACCGGUGAAUUUGAUGAUACCGAAGUCUACGAGAAAAUCCCGGCUGAUCUCAGUAUUGAUAAGGAAAAGGCGAAAAGAGUUGUCCAUGAUCUUGCCCGGACUCGCUUGUCAAACUCCCUUAUUCAGGCUGUGGCUCUACUCAGGCAGAGAAACACAAAAGGAGUGGUCUCGUCGCUCAAUGAUUUGCUGGCAUGUGACAAAGCUGUGGCAGCCGAGCCAACGAGGGGGGAUGUGCCGGAGGAGCUGGCGGAUCUGUUAGCCAUCUAUAUGAAGAGCGAGCCAGCCCCUGCACCUGAAAAAGUCUCCCGGCUUCAAUAUCUUCUGGGCAUUGACGAUUCAAUGGCAGCUGCCCUCCGCGAUAUGGAAGGAAGCGUAUUCUCUUCUGCAUCUGAAGAGGGCAACUUUGUGUUCUAAGCUCUUCGGGUGAAGGGAAGA